AUGGCGGAAUCACCACGCAGCAUUCUCGUGCGGCUGAAACAGUUGAAACAUUGGCAGGAGGAGCAACAGCGCGUCCUGCUGGAGAAGCAUCUCGCCCAGCAACAGUUGUUGGAACGUGAGCAACAAAAAAUGUAUGAAGUUUUGGGAUUGCGGCAGCAGACGAACGAGGAUGGCGGUGGGCAACUUUACGAAGACAGCGGCAGCGAACCCGAAUACGAAGAGACCAAUUUGCAAGCUCAACUCGCUACCGAGCGUUUGCAGGAAUCCUCUGUGAAAGAUGAUACAACCAUAUUCGACUCGGAUGCCGAACAACCAACGGUCGAGCAAGAGCAGGCUUUAAAACGAGCGAGCAAUAUUCCCAAGAAGCGAUUUUUGAAGCGUGGCGAAGGAUUGCGUGCUAGGUUCAAAGUGGAUCCUGAUAAAUUUAAGCUAGAAAACUUACCUAAAUAUAAAUUUGCUAACCAUAACAGAGAGCGAAACAAUUGGAAAAGUGGAACUAAACAGGAACAAAGCGCUGGCGGAAGUUUGGAAGCUCCGAAGGUUUCGCGUGUUUCCAAUGGCAAGUCGGAAAAGACGAAGCAAACACUCAACGAAAAGAAGGGACGCACUAGGAGUGACCAAGGUAUUGUGCUAGACGUAAACCGUGUUCAGGAUAAGAAGCUUGACACUAGACGGCGUAUGGGUGGAUCGUUUCCGUUGAUCGGAAAGACGGACACAAAUAAUGACAAUGCGGAUAACGAGGACGACGACCAGCUAUUUGGUAACAUUGUUACAAGUUUAAAAAUUACAGAUGUGGAAAACAUUGUGCAAAAACCACGUGUGAUACCGGAUGUACCGUGGAAGCAAAGGCUUGACCCAAUGGUUCCACCCAAAAUAUCGAAGGAGCAACGUGAUUUGAACUUUUUUGAGCAGCUCGAAGAGAAAGUUGUUGGUAAGAGUUUCAAUUCUAAUUCUAGCAGCAUUUUGCGAUUUAUAGCGGCCAACGAAUCAACCGUUAACGAUGAUGGGCUGACAAAUGACGAUACUAUUUCAAGUGAACAGAUAGUAAACGAUCCUUUAGUACGCCAGGAGGAUAUAGCUUUAAAGGAUAGAUUACUGGCACCUCCGCCGUCCAGAACCGUUUUGAAUGCUCAUGAUUCGGACGACAGCAACGAGGACCAUGCGCACGUGCGCUUUAUUGAUGAUGAAGAAUCAUCGGAGUCUAGUGAUGAAGAUGAGUCAGACGUUACUACAGACCAUGAGACAUAUAACCAUAUGCAGGGAAUAGCAUCUAGCAAAAUGUCCACACCGAAUGAUAAAGUCAUCGUACACCCUCGUUCGCUCGAACAAACAGGUCAGAACAGCGAACGAAGCGAUGAAGAAGAGUCGAAAGGAUGCCCUGACGAAGACGGCACUGUUGACAGCGCCAACGGACAGUCGGAAGCCGAAGACACUCCGGUGGCCGGUUUCAUUGGCGAUGAGACGCUUCGCAGUGAAAUACUUGCGAAAAGUGAACUGCUCAAGGAAAGAUUAACUGAGCUGGAACGGGAAAUAGAUAACUACCGGCGGGAGAAUGCCGAGCUUAUACAGGCCAAGCAGGAACAUGAACUGGAGCGGCUGAAGCUGCAACAAGAUCGGGAAGAGAUGGAGGAGCACAUGAAUGACGAGCGUAUCAAAAUGGAGGUCUACUUCCACGACGAGCGGAUGAAGAUCGAGACGGAACGCAAGCAGGCACUUCGGGAAGCACAAAAACCGAACAAAAAGGAUAAGGAAGAAAUUAUGCGUUUGAACGAGGAGCUUGCUGAGGUGCGCAGGCAGCAAAAGGAGCGAGAAGCUAAGCAUAGUGCCACCUUGGCACGGUUUAGAUCGCAGUUAAAAACAGUCGAAAAGGAGAUGCAGGAAGUACGGCUUGAGCUCGAGGUAACGAAGAAAGAUAACCGCCGUUUGGAGACGGAAAAUACUCGAUUGAAGCGCCAAAACAAUAGCCGAAUGUUGGUUGAAAUUAAUCGCAACAUUGCUAAACUUGCGACCGGGGGAAGUGAGACCGUUGAACAGCAAGUGUCUAAGGAGGACCCAAAACGAUCUUCAUUGCUGGCCAAAUCCAAAAAAGGCGCCCAAAGUACGAACCGAUCAAAACCGCCCCAGAUCAUUCAACCGAAGGAGCGAAAGGUGCCAACACAGGUGACAAGAGUGAAAGUUACAAAUCAUCAGACAGUGGCCCGAGGAAAGCCCACAUCCUCGCGGGGGAAAACCUUACCGGUUCGGGAAGACAAUUUGACCUCAGAAACAGACGAAAAUGAUGAAAAUGGUUUUUAUCCAAAUGACGGUUCGUCUGAUGAGCAGUUCAGUCCUCGCAAAGAUGGGAACAGUAAUAUUGACGAAGAAAAUGAUGAAGAUGAUGACGAUGACGAAGCGGAUGAUGUUCUUGGGGAAUACUCCAGUUCCGCUCAGGAAGGACCGAUUCCGUCUUCGUAUUUCCCGAAAAAUCCAGCCGUUCGUAAAACACUCUUCAAUGCGAUCAAUCUAAACGAGGAUACGCCGGCAGCACCAACACGACAAGGAUUGGUGCGCAAAGAGAACCCCACAACGCAGUGUGAUCUACUCGAUCGUACACCAGAAGCGGCAGAAUUAAUCAAGAGCAUGAAGCGGGAAAUAGUGAAUGUGGAUGGCAGUCGCGAUAUCUGGUACCCGAAUGGGAAUCUGAAGAAAAUAUCACCGGAUGGAAUGAUCAUACGGAUGCUGUACUUUAACAAGGAUAUAAAGGAAACAAACAUGACCGAGGGCACAACGAAGUACUACUACUUCGAGACCAAUACCUGGCAUACGACCUAUCUCGAUGGGUUAGAAAUAUUGGAAUUUCCUGAUGGCCAGACGGAACAUCGCUUUAAAGAUGGAUCGACAGAAGUUCAUUUUUCCAAUGGUUCCAUACGUACCACCAACCCAAACAGUGCGGACAUAACCGAAGAAUGGAAGUAUCCUGAUGGUACUAUGGUAAUUAUUAGGAAAAACGAUGAUAAGGAGAUUAAUCUGCCAAAUGGGCAGGUUGAGAUACACACUAAGGCGCACAAGCGGCGCAUUUAUCCGGACGGGACGAUUAAGUUCGUUUAUCCCGAUGGCAGUCAGGAAUCACGAUACUCAAACGGUCGGAUUCGGUUGAAAGAUAAAGAUGGUCGUCUCUUGUCGGACACUGGUGGCGGAACAGGAGCAACAUGA